CCCCCCCGGUGCACCGCGCGAGGCGGGAUCCGCGAGCCCCGCUGCUUCUGUCCGGGCCCCGACCCCGGCCGCUCCGCCGGCAGCCCCAUGGCCGCGGCCCCGCUGGGCGGCGCCGCCGGGAGCCUGCUGCAGUUCCUGAGGCUGGUGGGGCAGCUCAAGAGAGUACCACGAACAGGCUGGGUGUACAGGAAUGUAGAGAAACCAGAGAGUGUAUCAGAUCAUAUGUACAGGAUGGCAGUCAUGGCUUUGGUAACUGAAGAUAAACAACUUAAUAAAGACAGAUGUGUACGACUAGCUCUGGUUCAUGAUAUGGCUGAAUGCAUUGUUGGAGAUAUAGCACCUGCAGAUAACAUCUCCAAAGAGGAGAAACAUCAGCGAGAGGAGGCAGCUAUGAAACAUUUGACCCAGCUGCUAUCAGAAGACCUGAGAAAAGAAAUCUAUGAACUCUGGGAAGAAUAUGAACACCAGUCUACAGCAGAAGCCAGAUUUGUAAAAGAGCUGGAUCAGUGUGAGAUGAUACUCCAAGCAUCUGAGUAUGAAGAGUUGGAAAAAAUGCCUGGAAGACUGCAGGACUUCUAUGAUUCAACAUCAGACUUCUCUGGCACCACUACUUUCCUUUGGGUACCUACUGCCCUUCUUCAUUUACUGCAACAAGUGAAGAGGAGACAUGGUCUAUUGAUCAACUGAUCCCUGUAAAUCCAACAAUACCGAAGCAGAUAUCUGAUCAGAUCACCUUUAAAAGGCACGUUCAGGAACCAGAUCUGCUAAGAGGACUUGGAUAUCUGGCCUUUCAACCUCCAGGUCAUCAAUUCAAAUCCACCACAAGUCGGUGACAGAAGGUUUUAUUUGACAGUUGAUUGAUAACAUCUGCCAAAUAAGUUGGAGGUCUCAUUCAAAUUCACAGAAGACAGAGGCUCACCUCACAGAACGACAUCAAAACUGGCUCCACAAGGGGGUGCCUCAGCAAUGAGAGCAGGACUGAAUAACCACGGCGACUGAACCCUCAUCUUAACAGGGUUGCCAACUUUCUGAUUGCAGAAAACUGAACACCCUUGCCCAGCACCCUGCCCCUUCCCACGGGCCCUGACAGCAGGCACUGCCCUCAUGGUUCCCGGCCAAUGGGAGCUGCAGAGCCGGUACUCGGGCAGCGUGCAGAGCCUCCCUGGCCACCCCUGCAC